AUACAAAAGAGUCAAAAAGGUGUACUGUAGUCGAAGUGGCGCGUUGUUCAUGUCCACUACGAAAGGGUGCGAAUCGGCAGCAUGGGAUCUCUCCGGGGUGCCGAUACGCCACCGUCGUUCGACCUGGACUACUUGGACCUCGAAGAGGAACUCAUGGGCUCACCACAGGAUGCUGCGGCUUCUAGCUAUCUAAGUACCUUCCCGCGCUGUCGUGCUUCGUCAACGCCGACAACACGCGGCUCCAACAAGUUCAAACCGAAGGAAAGCCUUCGAGCAUUCCAAGCUUUGCGCGACGAAGACGAUCACGCUACAUUGCACAGAGAAGCCACUGUGACUCGCUCGACGCGAGUCGCUCGUAUCGUGGAGGCAGCGUCAAGUCGACAGUCGCAUCGCCGUCCGCGAGGAUUGUCAUCGACUGAGGCAACGAUUCGAUCCCGCAGUGUGUUUGCCGACCUGUUUAUCGACCUACCGCCCGUUGAGAAGCAAGCGUUGGCACAGUUUGUAGACGACGAGUUCACUCGCGUUAUCACACAGCCCAUGGGAUGUCCUGCCUCCGUCAUCGCAGACCACUUUCGUGCCAUUUUCCGUACAGCUGCAACGACCAGUUCCCUCACGCGGCCGAUCAAGCACUCUCUUGGAAAUGUCGUGCUCGAUUUUGCGACUGUGUUCCACUCGCUCUACGAACAGCAUGUGCACUGUCCGAUGCAGGAAGCCAUUGCUUCAUGCGCCGCAGACGACGUCAUCGAGUUCAGCGCCUUGCUCGUACAAGUGCUUCGAUUCAAGUACCCGUCCCUCGCAUCUGCGUCUCUGCUUGUAUAUGUCCAACAAGCGGUCGAAGAUGCCAUGUUCGUGCAUCUGCAGCCAACGUUGCAUGGUCUAUUCACCGCGCAAUGCAGUUCCGCCGAUAUUUCACUCGCGACUAUCAUGGCGGCCCUACGGCACUCACCUUGCGUUGCCGAGUCUAUCGGUGUGCCGCCGCUGUAUCGUCUUGACGCAUCUUCGUUGCGACAUGCGACGCCAUACACAAACUGUAUUACUAAGAUGUCGGAGCUGCCUCAUCAACGAUCACCGUCAGCAAAGGUCGCAGUUGUGUCCCAAGUCUGCCGUCUCAUCGACGUUACCAUCCAUACGUAUUACGCUGGUCAUCCAAAUCCUCCGCCCGUCGAGCAACUCCACAUCGCUGCAGAUGCUUUGGUCUCCGUGCUUGCUUACGUUGUGGUCAUGGCCAAUUGCCCACAUUUGGCGUCGCACCUCGCUCUCAUGGACGCAUUCCUUCCCGAUCGCAUCAGCAUCGGCGAAGAAGCGUACGCGGUCACAAUCCUCCACACCGCCAUCGCGCAUAUCCGUGCCACAGGAAACGGAUUUGCGUAACAUUCUGGCGAUAUUCUUAAAAGUUAA